ACUCAAACCAAUCCCAUCCACAACACAUUCAUAUGCUCACUCACCCCUUGAUCAACUGCAACCGCUCUUCACUCAGAUCACUUCGUCUGUUUCUAGAUUCAUUUUUAGCCUUAAAGAAUGAACAAAGAGAAGGAUUUGGAGACAAAAGUGAAUGAGAUGAAGUUGGAUAAUCAGAAAGAUGGCAAAGAAGGAGAGACCAAUGCUAAAAAAGUAGUAGAAGAAGAAGCAGAAGAGGAAGUGAAGAUGGAGGUUGAGGUCAAGACCGGAGUUUCAUUUCCAGUUAAGUUACCGGAUGGUAAAGCGCUCAACUCUGUUGGUAUUCGAAAGAAGAAAAUCCUCGCCCUCGGCAUCAACGUCUACACUUUUGGGAUAUAUGCUGAUAAUGCUGCGCUGGGAAAGCUUCUAGUGGACAAAUUUACUAAGGGCGCACCAGAAAAACCAACUAAGGAACUCUAUGAAGCUGUGAUCAACAGUGAUGUAGGGAUGAUGGUGAGGUUGGUGAUUGUCUUUGGAGGUCUCACCAUGAGUAUGGUGAGGAAGAACUUUGAUGAAGGGCUUGGUUCAUCCAUCAAGAAGCUUAAUGGUGGUCAAAAGAAUGAAGAGCUGGUUAACAAGGUUAUGGGAGAAGCAAAGGAUAGCAUCAAACUUCCAUCAAAGUCCAUCAUAGAGAUCACUAGGUUGCCUGGAUUUGUGCUCCAGACUAAAAUUAAGGAUGAGUUGGUAAGUCAAGUGGAGAGUGAGCUGUUAUGCAGAGCCUUCUUCCAUAUGUAUUUGGGUGAUGAUCCUUUUGACAAGGAGGCCAAAGACAAGUUUGGGGAACGCUUGCUCACCCUUUUCUAGGCAUUUGGGCGCUUGUUUAAUUUUCAUUUGUCUUUAUGGUUUGUGUGUUGUGUUUGAAAGAGAAUAAAAGAACAUUUACAUGUGGUUUUAGCUCCCACGUUUUGGAGCGUCUGAAGUGAAACUUGUAUGAAUAAUAAUUGUCAUGAACUUUCUGAUUAAUAAGUAAUCAAGUGAGGAAUGAGGAUGA